AUGCAGGACGUCCGUCGCGCUCUGAGCAAAGCCACAGAGUCUACAGAAACUCGAACAAGGUCAGGCACAACCAAACGCUAUCUCGAGGAUACCAAGGAGAUACUCGAGAACAUCAGCAAGAAGAUGGAGCCAGUCGUGGCUGGACUUGAAAAGGAGAUCAACGACUCUGUUCAGAUCUCAAUCAACCUGAUCAAAGCACAAAUUGAACAGCGCAAGGCCGACAUCGAAAAGGCCAACGAGUGCAAGAAGCGCCAGUUCAAGAACUACCAGCUCUACCACAAAGCCGUCAAGUCGGUGGAAGAACCCAAGUCUGGAGAGAUCGACCAGUGUGUUGGAGCGAUCUACUGCGAUGGACACGAUUGGCUUACUGAGAGCAUUGCUCGCUGGGAGGAAGAGAACAAGAAGGCUGAAGGCGAGAUUCGCAAGCUCGAGUGGCUCAUGAAGGGUUGA